AUGGCUUGCGUUUUGGAACAGAUCAAGAAGGUUACUACAGUAGUGGCAGACACUGGGGAUUUUCAGGCAAUCGAAGAGUUCCAUCCAACCGAUGCCACUACCAACCCAUCACUUUUACUUGCUGCAUCAAAAAUGGAGGCUUACAGUCACUUGCUUCACGAGGCCAUCAAGUAUGCUAAGGAACAUAGCACGGGAGAAGAUAAUGUUAAGAGGUUGGCGAUGGAUAAACUGUUCGUCCUGUUUGGUAAAGAAAUUUUAAAAAUUAUUCCUGGUCGGGUUUCAACAGAAGUUGAUGCAAGACUAUCAUUUGACAAAGAUGCUCAAGUUGCAAAAGCUUUGGCCUUAAUAAAACUCUAUGAGGAAGAGGGGAUAGGAAAAGAACGGAUACUUAUCAAACUGGCAUCUACUUGGGAAGGGAUUCAAGCCGGCAGGGAACUGGAAAGCAAGCAUGGUAUACAUUGCAACAUGACUUUGCUUUUUAACUUCUUUCAAGCUGUAGCAUGCGCUGAAGCUGGAGUGACUCUUAUUUCUCCGUUUGUUGGUCGCAUUCUUGACUGGAACCUCAAAAAUAGGGAAAAACAAGCUUACGAUCGUAAAAAUGAUCCUGGAGUUUUGAGCGUCAAAAAGAUCUAUAACUACUAUAAGAAGUUUGGAUAUAAGACGCAGGUUAUGGCUGCAUCUUUUAGAAACACGGAAGAAAUCAAAGGUUUGGCUGGCUGUGACCUGCUGACAAUUAGCCCAUCACUUCUGAGGGAGCUGGCCAACGAUAAAGAAGAAAUUCCUGUUGCUUUAAGCGUCGAGAAAGCAAAAUCGUUGGAUAUGGAGAAGGUAUCAGUGUCACAGCCGGACUUCCUCUUCCAAGUAAACGACGAUGCUAUGGCUGCAGAUAAGUUGGCUGAAGGAAUACGCCGUUUUGCUGCAGAUGCCAGAGCACUUGAGAAGAUGAUCGUAGACGCCAUGCACGGAAAGAAGCUAUCAUAA